AUGUCCAGGUGUCUCCAAAUCGAGCUCGGCUCCGCCACCCCUAAAGCUAUGAGAGAACAUCUCGCGCAAUACUACCCUCUAUUCAUCGAGGGUGCUGUAGCUACCAUUGUUAAACAGGUCUGUCUCAAAGUUGUGGACGUUGAGGGAAUGGUCGCAUGGGCGGCAUGGGAGCUACCAUAUGACGGACCGGCAAACCAUCAACCCGUAAACGGUGUGCCUCCAAUUUGGGGCAUGAACAUGGGAUUUGUGAUUUCGCUGAGUCGCGCCGAGAUGAAGAUGCGCAAUCGAGUUUUGAAGGAGAAGAUGUCUUUUGCGUCUGCCAUUAGAGGAAGCGUCGGCACGAACCAUUUCUACUCAAUCGAACCUGAACCGCAAGCUACCACCCACAUGGACUGUCUCAGUGCUUUACCAGAAGAGCUGACAUCCGAGAUUGUUCAACGGGUGGCUCAUAAAUCCCUACCUGCACUGGUAUCAGUCUCCCGUCAAUUCCACCGUCUGGUGCUCCCUAGGCUCUACCGUUGCGUGCAUUACAGCGGAAUCGAUACAUGUGACAGCGGCAGAGUCAAUAAAGGAUUUCUCGUCUGUGCAAAUUACGCGACAGCGAUAAGACCCGCUCGUGGAGAUUGGCCACUAUGCCAACCAUCGAGGAUUGUCAGGCUCAGUCCUUUCCUUGAAUGCAUCACCACGCGUCCACAAAUCCGCUCCUACAUCGCUACUGCAGGCUUUGACUUGUUGGACACCGAUUCUGAGGCUACAGUUGACAUGGUCUCUUACAUCAUAGACCUACUUCUACCGUCGCUGCAGACAUUGAAUAUCUCACCCGUCUUCUACAAACUUGACCCCCUAAGAGACAUAAAACUCAAGUCACUGAACAUUUCUCACGAAAUAUGGGCGAACCGGGAUCCUGGAAACUCCUACGUCUUCGCUUUGUUCCGUAUAUCGACUCUCCGAAAUCUCUCCAUCGAGAUUGCAGCAGAUUGGGACACGUCUCCUCGGUGGCAUCGUCCUCAACAUUCUGCAAGGUUGAGAACUUCAAACGUGACAUCGUUGUCCUUUCCGACCGGUAUUCCUUUCGGAGAUGACUUGGCAGAGAUCCUGUCGUGGCCUAAAGCUUUGGAAGUCUUUGAGCUUGGACCGCCUCCUGUUCGCAAUAAGAAAGUCCUUGCAAAUGUGCUCUCCCCCCGAAGACUGGCCGAGUGCAUUGGUUUACAGCAGAGUUCACUCCGUGAACUCUGCAUUAUCGAAUAUCCAUACAAGCGCACCAUAACAGAUAUUAAUGACGCCACCUUCGGAAAUUUACGUAACUUCAAGGCAUUGAGUCGCCUUUGCGUGCCAAAACGUUUGCUGGUGGUCUCAGAUGAGUACAGAGAGCUGUACUUCAAAGAUAGCCAAACGCCGCCACAGAUCUGGGAAGUUCUGCCUCCAGCAAUACGGAUGUUGAGACUGGAAGGUGAACCGCACUUCACGUGGAUUGUUAGACUUUUCCAACCCAUGUCUCCUCCCCUGCCAAAAGAGCUCAUGAUGCAGCUGAGUGAGAUCGCUAAACAUAAGAGAUUGCGAUACCCAAAUCUGCAAGAAGUCGUGUUGGGGCAGCCACGGUUGGCCGAGCCUUUUCAGACCUUCAUUUUGAAGAGCCUUCGCGGCAACUCCGGCAUUAUCAAGGAUUUCGAGGAGAGUGAGAUACGGCUUACGUUUGCGCAAGACCCCGAGACGAGCGCACCGAGAAGAAGAAAAGUCGUCUAA